CAACAAAAUAUACACAGAAGCGAACUAAAAGAAAGCGUGUAAAGAAUCCAUUCCUCCGAUACGCAAGGGGGCAGUAUUCCCACCCGAAGUCGUCAUGGCGGGGAAAGACGAAGAGGAAACUACGACUCAAAGUGUGAAGAUGCGGUGAAAAAAACAUUCCUUGGGAGAAACAAGUUGUUGUUUUCAUUUAGUUAGCUUGCCAUGAUGUCAGAAAUAUCUGAUACUAAUCUGAAUCUUUACUACGAAUCGGAUUAUCGACUCUACGAGCCGUGAGCCCGCCGACAACACCUCAUUUGUCUUAUUGAUUGAAUUGAAAGAGCAUCAUGAAGUCAAGAAACUCUUCUAAGUUGAAAAAGACGUCAAAAAAGAAACUGGACAAAAGUCCCAGCUCGGAUGAAGAUGUCAUCCAACGCCGGCUCCCGAGUAAGAGACGGCGGAAGCUAUAUUCUGAUGACUCGGAGGUCAUGAAGGACAGCUCGGUUGAUGCUAUGAAACGUAAACAUGGCGAGGAGGAGCUUUGGGAGGGUUGCAGUAUGCAGCUCGUCGAUAGAGGACUGGAUUCGGAUGAACAGUGCAGCUCCAGUGAACUAUUUGCCCCCGCGCGCCUGAAGGUCACCGCUCCCAAGAAGCCAACGGGCUUAUGUGCCGCCUGUCUGAAACUCUACCAGAGGUCCAAGAAGCUGAAAACGCCCAUUAUUGAUAAACUGUUGGACAACGAUCCCACCUCCCUGACAUGCGAUCAGUGGGUCCUGCUCAAAGAGUGGCGCCCCAGCAGGAUGCCUGUGUCAAGGAGGACGCUUUCUCCCAGCCUGCUGAAGAUCCACAGACACGUGAAGGGGAAGAAAAAAGCCAAGCGGAAAACGCAGGAUGAAGCUAAAAGCGUUUGCUCGAGGCCACACGUUUUCCUUCAGAGGAACCUCAGGCGGCCUCACAGAGAGUCAGUGACAAAGGAGAGCAAGAUAAACCGGAGGAAGAGGCCGAGAGAUGAUUCUCAGGACCCGGGCGUCUCAAAGCAGACCGGUUUCCACGGCAACAGCCCACCCGAGGAGAGCAGCGGGAACUGCAGCAAUGACAGCAGCUUGGACAGUCUUCACAGCGGAGAGCACGAGCGCGAAGACCUCUCCAACGUGACCGCGAAAAAGACUCACUCUUCGGCGGGAAUGAGAACUUCCACGCGAGGCACUGUGCCGCCCAAGCAGAAAACACCAAGGAAAACGAAGGGAUUCCGAGACUUGCUGGCCCAGUUACGCGGCAACAGCAGCAUGGUCAUCAAGGAAACGCAUUAGACUCGCUUCCAACUUCUGCUACCGUUAGUUUUUUUCCAUAGGAAUGAUGCUCCGUUUUGUAGGUAGAUGUUAACAUUCCGUUUCCUUGCAUGGUAUUUAUUUUUUAAUGAUACAAGCGUAGAAUUCAAAGCUCCCGUUUCGAUAACUAAACAUAUCUAAACAUGAUUUUUGGUUUUACCGUAUUUCACUUCAUGUUUUGCAUUAAAUGUCUGUACUGUCUGUUAUUGACAUGAAUUGCCUUUGGGGAAGUUAAUGAGGGUUAUUUUAAAACAUUUUGCUUUCAAUAAAAUUGAAGUUAAAACCCACAA